UCUCAUGGAUCAGUGGGGCCGAAGGAAAAGAUGCGAUAAGAGGGAUCAAACACACUGACCCUGAAAUCAUCACAGCAGCAGAUGUCAGAGGUUGGCGCGUGACCCUCACGCCACGCCCACGUCUCGUGCCUCUACCUGUUGCUUUGUCGCGCGGCGCAGCUGUGGACCAGCGCGAGCUGCUAUGGCCACGGGACAGUCAGCCAGCCCCAACGCUCGUCUUCUCAUGGACUACGAGACGAAGAUUCUCCCUCACGCCGGCGGCUACGGGCGCUACAACAGACUUGCGGUCGUGUUCAGCUGGUUCCCUUCUUUCGCCGUCACGCUGAACCUGUUCAGCGACGUUUUUUACACAUUGAUCCCGGACACGUACCACUGCAAGCCGGACCCGAGCCUCCUGCCGUCAGCCUUCCUCCCAAGUAACUUGACCAAGCAGGACUACCUGGACCUGACUAUUCCCUGGGUGAACGGCUCCGGCCUCAGCCACUGCGAGCUCUUCAAGUAUCCGUCCAACACGUCGGACCUGUCCGGGGGAGCUCCGCGGGAGAGGGUGUCCUGCACCAGGGGCUGGGAGUACUCCGCGGUGGCGGGGCUCCAUAGCAACUUUGUCACCGAGUGGAAUCUGGUCUGCAGCGAUUACUGGAAGAUCCCCCUGCAGCAUGUCUGCUUCAUGACAGGAUGGAUUGUGGGAUAUAUAUUUUUGGGGACGUUGUGUGACUGGUUGGGCCGCCGGCGAGGUUUCCUCCUCUCCGUCAGUCUGUCCAGUCUGUUUGGCGUGGCCGUGUGUCUGUCCAGCAGCGCCGUGAUGUUCCUGCUGCUGCGUCUCUGUCAGGGCGCCAUGCUCGCCGGCGUCUUCGUGUCCUCGUACAUUAUUAGGCUGGAGCUGAGUGACCCUCCCCAUCGCCUCAUGGUCACCAUGGUCGGGGGCUUCUUUGCCGUGUCUGCAGAGCUGCUGUUGCCAGGCAUUGCUGCUCUGAGCCGUGACUGGCCCGUUCUCCAGGCUCUGGCCACUGUGCCUCUGCUCCUGCUGCUUUCCUACUGGUGCUUUGCAUCCAUGUUUCCUGAGUCUCCUCGUUGGCUGCUGGCCACAGACCAGCUUCCUCAGGCAAAGAGCAGCCUCCAGGAAUUUGCCACCAGGAAUGCCGUUUGCCUGCAGGAUGAGAUGUACCCUGGGGAAAUGCUGCUGUCAGAGAUCGAUUUGUUAAAUGGAGAGGAGCGCCAGCCGAGGUUUUACUCUGUCCUGGAGCUGCGGCAGACUCGUGUCAUCUGGAAAAACUGUCUCAUUCUUAGCUUCACACUCUUCAUCGGAACAGGAAUCCAGUACUGUUUCACCAGGAACCUGCACAUCCACUCCUCCAACUUCUACUUCACCUACUUCCUCCGAGUGAUAACGGGAGCUCUGGCCUGCAUCUUCAUCUGUCUGUCUGUCAAUCACUUUGGUCGGCGAGGAAUGCUUCUGCUGUCUGCCAUCAUCACGGGGCUGUCAUCGUUGCUGCUGCUGGCCCUCACACAGUACCUCCAAGGCGGUCUGGUGCUGGUGCUCUCUGUGGUGGGGUUGCUGUUCUCUCAGGCUCUUGCUAUGCUCAGCGCCUUCUUCUCCUGUGAGGUGAUGCCCACGGUGGUUCGAGGUGGCUGUUUCGGUCUGGUGAUGGCAGCAGGUUGUGUGGGCAUGGCUGCCUCCUCCCUGAUGGAGCUCCAGAACAAUGGCGGCUAUUUCCUGCACCACGUCAUCUUCGCCUCCUUCGCCGUCCUCUCGGUCCUUUGCAUAAUGCUCCUACCUGAGAGCAAACACAAGUCCCUCCCUGAUUCUCUGAAGGAGGGCGAGAGCCAGCGGCGUCCGCCUCUCUUCCUGUCCCGACCCAACAGAGACCACCUGCCUCUGCUGCGUGCCCGGCCCCCCUCUUCCGAGUACAACCCCGAUAAUUAUUCCCGCCUGGUUUCUGCCACCAGGAAGAUGUUGAGCAAAGACAGUUUGCCGUACAGGAUCGCUGCUCCGGUUGUUCCUCCUCUGCAGUCGAACGGAGACGCUCAGGGGACGGAGACACCGAGGGAGGUUGUGUUGUAGAUUUGGGACCAGUACCGUCAGACUACCUCAGCCUGCCCUGAUGAAGAGCAGACCUCAGCUGUGACUCCGUGCACCUUAGAGCAGCGGCUCUGCUGAUCUUCUACACGUCUCCUUGUUCUAUAAAAAUACUGAAACUUCCUCUCUGGAGUUUUGUUGUCCAACGUUUUCUGUACGUUUCAUUAAUCCAACAUAAAAAUAUGUGGAGUCACUUCCUGGAAAGAGCAGACAAGUUUCACCAGGUAAGGUCUCAGAUGUGCAGCUGCAGAAACAUGCACUGAGACUCAGAGCAGCGUCUUGGUGCUGAGGAGCCCUGGAAGGUCCUAUGAAGCCCACAGACGACCUACUGGUCACUGAUGAAUCUAGCAGGCUUUACCUAAAUUAUUUAGUUUUCCGUCCAGUUCGUGAUAGAGCAGCUAAACCAGAUGUUUUCAUCCCUGUGCGACAGGAGGGUCAAACCACAGAAACAUUAAAACAAGCAGGACUUUCAGAGUCUACAGCUCAGAUGUAUUUAUUAUUAACAAAAUGAAGCGCAGAUCUCUUAAAUUCUGUUUUGUACACAUUUAAGCCCUCCACUUCCGUUGAUGUUUACAACGUUACCGGUCAGUGUGUAAAUGUAAGUACAUUUCAUUAUUUUGUAACGAACUUCUGAUUUUUUUUUGUAAAGUCUUGUGUUCUUAACGUUUAGUCCAAAUGUUUCUGAGACACGUUUCAAAUCAGUGGCGGUUCUACAUC